GAAAAUACCGCGGAACGGGGAGUCAUGUGUUGAUCGAUCGAGAGAGGAUGAUCUCUGUGCAGGUUGAUUCGUGGUUCUCUGCCGGCGUGGUGGUGUCCUUUGUGGACGAGUACGGCGUGGAGUACCGCGGGGCCCUUCUCAAGAGAACCGGCGAGACGCCCGAGUUCAAACCGUCUUUCCGUGGGCUGGCCAGCCCUGUGUCCGUCCUCCAUGAUCAUCCAUAUAGCCAACUAGUGAGGAAGGCUUGGAAGAAACAAGUCUCUGCCAAAAUGUGCGACUGGAACCCUACGCACUUCGAACUCACCCCGGAAGACAUUGUCUGCAGGAGAAACGGCGUCGCGACGAACUUUGAAAGGAGAGCUGUGGUAGAGACUGACUGGAGUAAUAACCACAGGGGAGGCAGACGUGCCAAGCAUCUUGCAAAACUGAGAAUCAACAACGUUUUGGAUAAGACACUCGCCGUAAAACCCAAAAAGAAAACAUCUCGACGGCCUAACAAAAAAAGACCAAAACUGAAGCCAAAAAGGUCCAGAGAGGACCUCAGAAGUCCGACUGAGUCGUCUUCGUUCUCUUACACUCCACUUUCCUCUCCGCUUGGACGACUGGACAUGUCUCCCUCCUCUCUCCUCGCCCACGCUCGGAACUGCAGCGUUGGACUCACUCCAACAAACACUGCCGGUGUCUGCUCCCCUCUGUGUGUGCCCUCACAGGUA